AUGGAAGCUGGGGUGGCCGGGGUGCUGCUGACCGUCCUCCUCCUCCUCCUCUCCAUCCUCUGCCUCCUGGUGCGGAGCAGCGACAGGAGGAGCAGCCGGCUGCCUCCGGGACCUGCCCCGUGGCCCAUUCUGGGCAACCUGUGGCAAAAAGACGUCCUGCCGCUUCACCAGAGCUACGAGAAGCUCAGCCGCAGGUACGGCCCCGUCUUCACCGUCUGGCUGGGCCGCACGCCGGCGGUGGUGCUCUGCGGGUACGGGGCGGUGAAGGAUGCUCUGCUGGGCCACGCCGAGGAGUUCGGAGGCAGACCUGAAAUCCCCCUCAUGGCGCACCUGUCGAACGACUACGGUAUCAUCACCAAGAACGAGAAGAAGUGGCGGGAGCUGCGGAGGUUCACGCUCAGCACCCUGCGGGACUUCGGGAUGGGGAAGAGCUCCAUGUCGCAGCAGGUGCAGCAGGAGGCCCAGCACCUCGUGGAGCUGCUGGCAAGCCUCGAAGGAGAAGCCUUUGAGCCCACGAUGGUGUUCAGGCACGCAGUGGCCAACGUGAUCUGUUCCGUCAUCUUCGGGAGCCACUUCAGCUACAGCGACACAGCCUUUCUGAAGCUGCUGGACAUGGUUGGGAAUUUUGUCAGCUUCUUCGUUUCCCCCAUUGCCAUAGUCUACAACAUCUUCCCCAGCGUCCUACUCCGCCUGCCGGGGCCGCACAGGAAAGUCCUGGCCAAGUGCGAGAACCUGAAGGGCUACAUCCGAGAGCAGGUUGAGCAGCACAGGCAGACACUGGACCCCAGCUCCCCCCGGGACUACAUCGACUGCUUCCUUAUGAAAGCAGAAAAGGAGAGGAGCAGCGUGGAGAAAAUGUACAGUGACGAGGACUUGGUCAUGUCAGUAUUCGACCUCUUCGGUGCUGGGACGGUGACCACCAGCAACACCCUGGUCUUCUUCAUCUUGGCGCUGGCAAAGUUCCCCCACAUUCAAGCCAAGGUCCAGGAGGAGAUCGACGCGGUGGUGGGCCCCGGCCGCGCGCCCCGCAUGGAGGACAAGCUGAGGAUGCCCUACACCAACGCAGCGAUCCACGAGCUGCAGCGCAUCCAGCGGGCCGGCAUCGAGAACUUCCCUCGCAUGACGACGCGGGACGUGAAGUUCAGGGGCCACACCAUCCCCAAGGACACAGCCAUUAUUCCGCUGUUUUCUUCAGUGCACAUGGACCCAACCCAGUGGGAGAACCCCAAAGAAGUUGACCCAGGCCACUUCUUGGAUGAGAAGGGCAACUUCAGGAAGUGCGAGGCCUUCAUGGCUUUUUCAGCAGGGAAGCGGAUGUGCCCAGGAGAGGCCCUGGCCCGGAUGGAGCUCUUCCUCUUCCUCACGACGCUGCUGCAGAGCUUCACCUUCCAGCUCACCACGGAGUCCAAGGAGACGGAUUUAUUCACCCUGUGGCGGAAGAUAGAGAGGAAGGCGAUACCGGGCACGUUCUUCGCCGUACGGCGUACAUGCCCUUGA